AUGGACGCUAUAGAAGGGCCAAAGAAACGAAAGGAUCGCGGUAACUCAAGCCAUCCGGUCCGUUUGUCAUGUUCCGUACAACAAAUGAACUGUUUCUUGCAUAGUAUUGAUCACUGGAAGACUCCACCACUAUGGCCAGACGAGUAUGGUCAAUUCUGUUUUUGUCAAAAUUCUAACAACAACACUUAUUGGUGUCUAAGAACUAUCAACGAAGCUGAAAACUUCCUAUACUGCGAGUUUGUUACCGAAUUCGUCAGCUACUAUGAUUUGAAUGAAGAUCCAUACCAGUUACACAAUAUCGUCUAUUCGUUGGAAAUGAGCACAUUGGAGCGACUGAGUGAACGUCUUCGUUUACUUCGGGACUGCAAAGGCGCUUCUUGUGAACGCUAUUCAGCCAUCAAUUGGGAGCAGCACAUCGAGCCACCACUUUCAGCUCCACAUCCCUAG